AAUGAGAAAAAUGGUUUUUACCCGCGCAAGAUGACACAGCAAAACGACAAUGGCGGCACAAAGUCGUGCAACGGCCAUCAGUCGUAUAAAUCUGAGAAGAGUUCAGUUCUGUCUCUUUAUCACACUGAUGAUUUUCAAGUGCAAAUAUUGAUCGGCAAAGGUUUCUACUCUGAUGUAUACAAAGUAACAACAGAGGAUGGUUAUCCUUUGGCUCUUAAGCUUAAUUUGGAUAUUCAGAACAAAUUCAACUGCUUGAGAGAAAUACAAAUACUGCGGCAGCUUAAUCAUCGAAAUGUCCUCGCUUUCAAAGGAGUUUGUGUUUCGCAAGGAGCUUUGCACCCUCUCACGGAGUUUAUGAAUGGGGGCUCACUCGCAGAGUUCAUUGCCUCGGAAGCUGCAAUUGAUUGGAACUCGAAAUGGUUCAUUGCUAAAGAAAUUGCCGCUGCAAUGGAGUACUUGCACAAGCAAGGAUUUUUUCACCGGGAUUUAGCCUCAAAAAAUGUAUUUCUGGAGAAAGAUGAAAUGAAAGGAAUUCAGCGCGCAGUUGUAGGUGAUUUUGGACUCGCCAUCCAAAUUCCGUCAAAACAAGACGCAGUCAAGCUUCCCGUGGUUGGUUCAGCAUUCUGGAUGGCACCAGAAUGUCUCAGCAGACGAGAGAACGAGCCGUAUGAUCACAAAAUUGAUGUGUUCUCGUUCGGAAUAGUUCUGUGUGAACUCUGUGCUCAAGUAGACGCAGAUCCAGAUUUCCUCCCUAGAACUAAUGAUUUCGGAAUUGAUUGGAAUUUGUUCCUGCCAAUGCUUAAUAAAUUCAACUGCCCCUCUUCUUUUGUCAACAUUCUGGAGAAGUGCAAAGAGGUCAACCCAAAUAUUAGACCGGAGUUUACAGAGAUCCGCUGUUUUUUGGAUGACAACGACUCGUCCUCAAAGUCUACCGCACGGCAAAUCAUUACAGGUGCUGGAAAUAUUUUAACCCCGGAUAGUCUUGAAGACUCAACGCGUUCUUCAAAUGUCUUUGAAGCUCCCGGUAACUCAGGAGAUCAUUUUGAUUUUCUGGAAAUAAGAAAACAGAAUCCUUUCCGAUCUAAUUCCAUUUCCCUCCCGUUCAAAUCUGGAGGUUUGAAAAUCUGGGAUCGACCUUCAGAACAAGAAAUAUUCGCAGCGAUGGACAGUGAACUUUGCUUGGCAGUUAAAAGCGCAGGCAUAGAGUUAGACUGGCAUGGCUUGAACGAGGGAAAACGAAACAAAUCUCCUCAGAAAUUAACACGAACUGUUUCGGAUUUAUCGAGUGUGCAUAGCCAAGGUCAUCAAACGCUACCAGUGAAAAGAAAAGGACUGAAACGUGAUGAUAUUGUACAAAGUCAAUUAUCAUUUGCACAGAAACCCUCAUUGAACAAAAGUCAAGUUGUAGUUACACAGUUAGCUCAAACUUCGCACACGCCACCGAUCGAGGAAAACCAAAAAGUUAGCAAUGGCAAUGGUGCUCAAGUAACGAAUAUGAACGGAUUUUUAACAGUUCGAAACUCAAAUAUAGUUACGCGGAAAGAAUUUAUCUCGCCUGGUAUUUCAAAAAUACGUAAGAAGACUCGAAGUUUGCAGAAUUUAACUCGUGAUCGGACUAUUAUUUCAGAAGAGCGAUAUUCGCCACGAUUGAAAAGUUGGGCAACUGUUGAUACUGCUUUAAACAAUUCACUUCUUGAAUGCACCCCAAUUUACACUCGAGGCGAAGAAGAGGAGAACGACAGUUCCGAACUACUUCGAGCGUCACAUCACGAGGACAGCAAGAAGCAGUCGGAACAUGACAUAGAACAAAGUGAAAACGUGAGCCUCGAAAACAUAAAUGUGAGUCUUGACAACGUGAGCUCAUCGGAGAAGUCUCACCCUGACAUUCAGCUAAAGCAAAAUUUGUGUGAGCAAGUCGAUGAGAUGUUCAAUUUUCUUUCGUAUGAGUCAGAGAGUGAUUUGACGUCAUUGCCUCAUAGUCCGGAAAGGGGGCUGGUGGGUUCCAGUGGAAGUAUAGAUCAACAGCCUUCGGCAGAGUCUUCUCAGACGGAAAAAGGUGUCCAAAGCGACAGUUCGAAGGCUAAAGAAAAGGAAGCUAUGGACACCAAUUACAGUGACGAGUUACGAGUAUUCACGUAUCCCUCGAGUGACAGGUUUCACGCGAGAUUAGACGACGAAGAGAGAAAGAAUUCAAACCUGGAGACUGUGGUCAUGAGUCAACCCGAAAAAAGAGUAGAGCCAUAUCCCCUCAGUAACCAGACCGAAGACCUUUCUAAACAGAACAUUCUGCGAGUGAAGAGAAAAAAGACAAACGGAGCAGAUAUUUGUCCAUGCAACUGCAGAGUGUGCUGAAAAUAAGUCUAUCUUUAAAAUUUAUAUCAUUUUCCGCUGCUAUUCAUAUCAGAUUCCUCAAUUUAUAUAAAUGAUUGUGAUUUGAAACUGAGUAAGAACUUCUGCUCGAUGGUACAGUUUUUAAAUUGGCCGAAAUUAAGCGCUAUUUUAAAAUCGCUGGUUAUUUCUGCAAUUGUUGAGACAGGAUUGACCUGAUACUUGUUUUCGUUGGUUGAUAUGAUUGAUGAAUUACUUUCUAGUGAAAAAAUUGGGUAUUUUAUAAAAAAAAAAGUCAAUCAGUCAUUAUCCUUGCGAUAAGCAGGGGUAUUGCAAUCGUGUAUUAUCCUUGCGAUAAGCAGGGGUAUUGCAAUCGUGUACUAGAUUUUUUUUCGUAAAUAAUUUUGUUCACAGGUCUCUCCUCGUGUAUCCUGGACUCAUUACUAUCGAGUGUUUCUGUUUCAACAGACAAACUUUGAGCAUGUUAGCAAUUUAAAUGUCUGGUCUUUUUGAAGUUUGCCUUUUAGCCUGGUUGUAUUUUACCUACCCGAUUUUUACUUUUUUCUUUAAACUUUUUAAACCCGAUUAAAGUUUUUUCUUUAUUUUUUUGUCUUUUUUCGGCUUAAUAGGUUUCCGCGUAGUUUAUAUGGACUUAGUGGCCUCUUAAUGCGUUGUUUAUGGACCGAAAAAAAAUCGAUGUAUUUUUGUGUUUAAAUGGUAAGGGGACAUGAGAUUUUUUUGAAUUUUGAAUUUUUUCAAUGCUUUU